GUCCUCAGCAAUUCAUAUUCACUUAGAAGUUGAAGCUAAAGAGUAGAGAACCAAAAUUAAAAUACUCAAAUGGCGGGAAAUUUUGGCGCCAUUUAUCGAACCAGCGAAUACAUCCCCGCCCUAUUUAAACUACUCAACCCUCCAUCUUCUCUCUCCUCAAACUUCAAAACCUGUUUAAAAAUGGCGGAAAACAACCCAGCAACUCAAAGCCCAGAAAUCAUGGAACCCUCAACCAAAAUCCAAAAGCUUCAACCCCAUGAAAAUGGAAAUGGCGUUGAUUCUCUCUCCUUCUUCAAAGUGAAGAAGCUCUCAGAAAAAGCGGUUGUUCCCUCGAGAGGCUCUCCUUUCUCUGCUGGCUACGAUCUCUCCAGUGCAGUUGAUACCAAAGUUCCUGCUAGAGGUAAAGCGUUGAUUCCUACUGAUCUAAGUAUCGCUGUUCCUCCAGGAACUUACGCCAGAGUUGCACCAAGGUCGGGACUGGCAUGGAAGCACUCCAUUGAUGUAGGAGCAGGAGUCAUAGAUGCGGAUUACAGAGGACCUGUUAAGGUGAUUCUGUUCAAUCAUUCCGAUGUUGAAUUCGAGGUGAAAGUCGGAGAUCGAAUUGCGCAGUUGAUCAUUGAGAAGAUUAUUACUCCGGAUGUUCUUGAGGUCGAUGAUUUGGACGCUACUGUCAGAGGUGCUGGUGGAUUUGGUUCUACUGGUGUUUGAAUGUCCAAGAAAAAGAAUGGUCUUAUUUGUAGUGAUUAGUUUAUGAAUUAUGAUGAUAUGAAGAUUGAUAAUUACUGUGCUUUUGGUGAGCGUAACCCUUGUGUUAUGCUCAAUUUUGCAUAUAUUAGCAGUAGUUUAAAUCAGCUUUUGAUCUUGUCAAUGCAUUAGUAGUACAUUCAUAGGACUGUACUGGUAUACUAGUAAUGAAAUUUGUGGCUCAUGAGAGAGCAUUGCUAACAGUGAUAUAGUAGCAGUAAUUUUUCUUGA